AUGAGGACGUUAAGUCUGCUGCUUCUCCUGUCCGGCCUCUCGUUGGGGGCCGUUGACGAGUAUACCGGCUGCUUGGAUGGUAUUGAAACAGCUGUUUCAGACCUCACCUUCAACGGGACUGCUUCUGCUAGCUACUAUGACAAGCUAUGCACCAACAGGCUCGUGAUGACAUCCAUGUGGGUGGCCGCCAAGGUCUAUUGCACUCCCAAGCAGAUCGAGGCUGGUGAGAACCAGUUUGCCGGAUACUGUGUGGAAUAUGGCGGCGUCAAGCUCAUCCCUUACUCCGAGAGCGACAUUGAAGACCUCACCGUCUUUAACACGUCCGUCCUGAUUUCCAGGUCUUUAUACAAGGCGGCGAAAGAUACUUACGUUAUUUUUGAUCUUGAAUACGUCCUCCUUCAAAGAUACGGGUGGGCUAUGUAUGGGUUCUGGGGUGGACUGCUGUUGAUUGGCAUGGCCAACCGCCUCGUCACCCACCUCUCUCAGUGUCGGCGCAUGAAGGCCCUGGUCGACGUUGAAGGGAGCAUGGCAUCCACAAGUUCGGAGAGAAGCCACUCAAGAAUCGUCGCAUUUGUCGAAUCAGCUCAUCAUUGGUUUAGGUCGAAUGUGAUCAUUCCUGCAGCAUUUGGCUCCCAUCACAAUCGUCCCUUAUUCUGGAAUACCAUCCCGACACGCAUGGAGACGAUCGUUGUGGUCGCGUUCUGGUUCAUGACUUUCAUCUUGUGCUGCGUGGGGUACCAUAUCUUCUGGCCUAACCUCUACUAUACAGAACCCCAGCAAGCCUGGCGUUAUAUUUCGGAUCGCACUGGCAUCCUCUGCUACGCCAUGCUGCCCUGGCUGUGGAUGUUUUCCGGAAGGAACAACGUAUUCUUGUGGCUAACUGGUUGGAGGUUUGCAACCUUCAAUAUCUUCCACAGGCACAUCGCUCGAUGCGCCACCGUGCUGGCGAUUGUUCAUUCAAUUGGAUGGUCUGUCUUGGAGGCUGGCUUUGGCUAUUUCGCCGAAUCAUGGAAAGAGCAGUUCUGGUACAUGGGAGGGACGGCGACAAUUGCAAUGAACUUGAUCGUACUCUUCUCGUUCAUGUGGUUCCGCGUGAAGUCGUAUGAAGUCUUCCUGCUUAUCCACAUUGCACUCUCUGUGGUGGUCAUUGUUGGCUUGUUUUAUCACACUGCAAUAUUCGACGGAGAGUACAACGUCUAUCUGUGGCCGCUAGUGGCCAUUUGGAGCUUCGAUCGCGCGGCUCGUUUAGCUCGGUGGGCAUACUGCAACCUUCACAUCAGGUGGUCACACUCUGUUGUUGGUUCCAAGGCCUCCGCCACUUACGACAAAGACGGCGACUUCAUCAGACUCGAGAUCGUGCCUGGGUCUAACACGCUUAAACCGGGACCUGGCCAGUACUAUUUCUUGUACCAGCCGCUGAAGUGGAAGGGGUGGGAGAACCACCCGUUCACGUUGGGUGCCUAUGAGACCGUUGGGAGUGGUGACCAGACGACAAGUGCGGCGAAAGAAGGCGGUGUUGAGAGUCGUAACGAUCCGCAGACAUUCGUGGGCAAGGAUAUCGAGGUUGUCGCCGCAGGCUCAUCCUCUCCCUCGUCCUCAGAUAUAACCCCGGACCCAUCGCAGCAUAAACUCGCGAUCUUCCAGGACGCGGUCGGCCGGCAGAGACUCACCUUCCUCAUCCGCCCGUUUGGCAGCUGGACCAGACGUCUACGUGAUCAAUGCCUCAAGUCACCCACUGGAGUCGUCACGCCGCGCAUGUUUAUUGAAGGGCCCUACGGCGAACGCAGCCCCUUGCACGCAUACGAGAACGUCGUCUUCAUCGUCGGCGGCACAGGAAUCAGCGGCGCGAUACCAUAUCUGCAAGACCACAUUAAGCGGACAAGCAACGAUGCAAAGGCGUCGCGCACGGACGGGAAACAGACGACGCGCACGAGAAACGUAACGCUGGUGUGGGCGGCCAAGCAGGCCGGCAUGAUCCGCAACGUCGCGGCGCACGAACUGAAGCCCAUGCUUGGGCGCGAGGAUAUCCAUGUCCACCUACAUGCUACCGCCCGCGAGGGAGCGCCGCAGGGCAGCAGCAGCCUGGGGUCCCAGGAUGAGGGCGAAAUGGUCGCCGACGCCGGAAAGGAUGAUCUCAAGAGCAGCACCCCGGCCACCAGCAUCGUCAGCAACGGCGUCGCCAUCACGUCCGGCCGGCCCAACAUCCUCGCGACGGUCCUCAACGUCGUCGAUGACGUGCACAGUACCGCUGGAGGGGGGAUUGCCAUCCUCACCUGCGGCCCGGGCGGCAUGGCCGACGAGGCGAGGGUCGCGAUGCACACGGCGCUGAAGCAAGGGAAGCGCGGAGUCGAGUACAUUGAAGAGAGUUUCGGGUAA